AUGGCGCCUGUAAUCCCUCGGAUGCAUCUCUUCGAGAUUGACGACCAGCCCUGGUUCCCGGCCUUCCUCCGCGCCCGUGUUCAAGAUGCCCUCACCCGCGCCUGGAUGUCCAACACACCUCUCCAAUCCCAAUCCCCCGCCAGCCUCGCCGCCUCCCUCCUGAUCGAGCACCUCGACUUGUCUCUACCCGAAUACACCUUUGUCGACUUUUGCGCCGGCGGCGGCGGCCCUACGCCCUCGAUCGCUCGCACUGUCAACACGCACCUGCACUCGCGCGGCGCCUCACCCGUCCGCUUCGUCCUGACGGACUUGCACCCCAACGUCGAGGCAUGGGAUGCUGUCACCAAAAGAAACCCGCUCGUGACGUAUGAGCGCGAGCCUGUCGAUGCGAGCGCCGCGCCGGAACAUCUCGCAAGGAGGGAUGACGGGACGAAGCCGUUCCGCCUGUUCAACCUGGCAUUCCAUCACUUCGACGAUGAUCUUGCGAAGGCGAUCCUACGCGAUACCGUCCAGACGAGCGAAGGCUUUGCUAUCUUCGAACUGCAGGACCGCAGUUUCGCGAGCUUCGUGGCGGUCACGUUGCUGGGCAUCGGCGCCAUCCUCAGCGCACCCCUCUACGCGUGGAAAUGGCGGUCUCCAUCAACCUUUAUCUUCUCAUGCAUUAUCCCCAUCCUACCCUUUGUCCUCGCUUUUGACGGGUACGUCUCGGCGCUGCGAACUCGGACGCCUGACGAGGUGGAGGGCCUGUUGCGGAGCUGUGGCGCGGAUACGAGCAGGUGGGAGAUGCAGAGCGGUAGCAAGGUGCACCUCUGGCCUUGCGGGUAUCUCAAUUGGAUCAUCUGUAAGCCCGUGUCGAAAAGCUGA